AUGGCCUACCUGAUGGCUUUGCUCUGGCAGGCAAUUCUAACGGAAGCGGCCCAGAAUCGAUACACCACUACACCUUUGCCGUCGUCGACUAUCGCAUCCACCGCCGACAACCACGACGCCAAUGAUGAUGCCGACGACAACGGCGAUGCCGACGGUGGCGACGAGGACGACGACGACGACGACUUUCUGGAGAAUCGUCAUGGAAUUGGCCUAUGGCUCAGCGGGCGCUACAACUUACGAUUAUGA